CCCAAACUACUGAGAUCUAGCGAUCCGUGCCUCCCCCAUUUUCUGUCAGAGCCUCAUACCCCUGUCGAUCUCAUCCCAUCUUUUUCGCCGAUGCAGUAUCUUAAAUCCUAAAUCCGCCGACACCCCAAACAGAUAUAGAUAGAUCCGUGCCCGACCCCUCUUCACGAUAAGACUGACCCCGCAACCCAUUCAAUUGAUUGAAGCGAUAUUCGAAUCGUAGAAGACGACUUUGAGGAUUUAGAGAAGAGAAGAAAAGUAAAAGAUGACGUGCGAAGCGUGCAACACGAUCCCGCCUGUGAUCGCGGUGGGCUAUGAACCGAAGGGAAAGUGGGAGGAGCUGGGAGGAUUGAAGACUUACAUCACCGGCGAUGAGGCUAUAGCCACCAAGGGUAUCGUCGAUGUCUAUGAUAUUUUCGGGAUCGCUACCCAGACGCUGCAGGGCGCGGAUCGCCUGGCUGCGGCGCUCGGUGCCGUGGUUCUAGUUCCUGAUUUCUUCAAGGGCGACAAGGCGGAGGGGGUAUGGUUCACGGAUCCUAGUCCCGAGAACGACGCUAAGAAGAGCGCGUUCAUGGCGAAAGCUAUGGCGUUUGAGCCAUUCCUCCCGGCCUUGGAGGGCGUGGUGCAAGCUGCGAAGGGACGCUUCCAGAAGAUUGGGAGCUGGGGCGGUUUGGGCCUGUGCUGGGGUGGGAAGGUCCUCGCGCUGUCUUCGGGCCCGGGGACGCUGUUUAGCGUAACUGGGCAGGUGCAUCCUGGAAAAUUGGCCGCGGAAGAUGCUGAGAAGAUCACGAUUCCGCAUAUAGUCCUCGCCAGUAACGGAGAGGAUCCCGCGGUGGUGGCGGAGUACAAGCGUAUUCUUGAGGGAGAGGGCAAGCCUGGUGUGGUCGAUACAUAUCCCACUAUGUUUCAUGGAUGGAUGGGCGCGAGAGCGAACUUGGAAAAUGAAGAUAACUUGAAGGAGUGGAAGAGAGGCUAUAAUCAGGUAGCGGAGUUCUUUGCGAAGCAUUUGUGAAUGGACAGUGAAGGGUGCAGCUUGGGAGAUGUUGGGAUGUGGGAAAUAGAGCAGGAUUUUUCGAAAAAGAUUACAAAAAGGACUUGAAUCCUUGAGAUUCGGUGCCAUAAACCUAGCUCGGUAGAAUAUGUGACAUAGAACAUGAAUUGCUAAGCUUCUAAGAAUUCAGACUGCCUUGGAUCGGCCUCG